CUCCGUUCUCACGCGUGAGCGGCUUCUCGUUCAAUUUGAAGACCUCCUCACCAUCUUGUAUCUGGUAUUUUAAUCUAUAAAUUGGUGCCCAUCCCACUGUACAAACGGAGCAUCCACUAGAGUCAAAGACACUUUUCCAUUUCCUUCGAACUCCAUUCCUAUGCAUGAGAACCAUGGCUCCUAAAUCUUACCAACAUGACGGCAAACCCAUUGAUCUUGACGAGAUCCAUGAUUACCUGAUCAGCCUGGCCUUCCGUGCUGGGGAUAUCAUUAACAGCGCUCUACCUACCGAUGAUAGUACUGGAUCAAAGAUGAAUUCUGCUGAUAUCGUCACUCGAUAUGAUAAAGCCGUUGAAACUAUGAUAUCCUCUGCCUUAAUGGAAAAAUAUCCAUCAUACCAGUUUCAUGGAGAAGAGACCUAUGACCCAGCCUAUCCCCUAACCGAUGCACCCACGUUUGUAGUUGAUCCUAUCGAUGGUACGGUCAAUUUUGUGCAUGGAUUUCCCUGCUCCUGUAUUUCUCUUGGAUUCGCUGUUCGCCGUGUACCCAUUGUAGGUGUCGUCUUCAACCCUUUAACACGCACUCUUUAUUCUGCAAUACAAGGCCGUGGGUCAUACUUGAACCGCACCACCAAGCUUCCCUUAAAGGGCGAUGAUAUAGGGCCAUUGAAAGGCCUGGAAAAUUCACUCGUCGGUAUUGAGUGGGGUUCGGAGAGGACAGGUGCCAAUUGGGAAACAAAGGUGCGAACUUUCGAGAAACUCGGCCGAGCAAAGGAAGAUGGUGGUGCAAUGGUCCGUUCGAUGCGCAGCAUGGGUUUUGCGGCGCUGAACCUCUGUGCUGUCGCAGCUGGGACUUUAGACAUAUACUGGGAAGGGGGUUGCUGGGCCUGGGAUGUUUGUGCAGGCUGGGUAAUACUGACCGAAGCAGGUGGUGUCAUGAUAGAUGGAAACCCAGGAACGUGGGAAGCAACUCUCGAUGGAAGAAAAUACCUUGCUGUUAGAGCAUGCUCCGAUGAGAACAGCAGGCUGGAGCUCAUUAAGGAGUUUUGGGGGCAGAUUCAGGGGAGUUUUGAAUACUGAUACCUGCACUUAGCGGAUCAAAUGCUUCGGUCUACCGUGAGUCAGCUAUGUCUCAGAUCAGUAUCAUCGUUUACGGUGUGCAAAUAUACUGUGCUGUGAAUGAGUAAAAUUACAAUACUAUAUACUAUAUGACGUACAUAUGCAUCUCUACAUGCGCAAGUAUUUG